CUGAUCGGAACUCCGUAAUCACAAGAACCGGUGUAAUAUCAACUCAGCACGUGCGACAAGAAGUCACUUCAAAUCGAAAGUUGGAACACGAAACUUGCCAUUUCUACCCUCGCGAUUUUUCAACUUAGACUCUAUCCCGGAUUACUUCUUAAAUUAGAUACUCACUUUCUGAAUAUUCAAGGCCGGGGAGAGUUUCCCCACUGAUUAUUCUUGUGAUAUUUCCCGUGGUGAAAGGACAGGUAAAGCAGGUGGUCUUCAUUAAGAACCAUUUGCGAAUUGACGGGGAACCAACGCAUCUAGAGAAGAGCAGUCCUCAGUUGAACAGCAGCCAGUCGCCAGUUAUUAUCUAGUAUUCGAGCAAGGACAUUCCGAUAUCUUAACUUCAACGCUCUUCAAAGUGGUCGCCUUUUCUGAAUGACAGCCUGAAGUAUCAUAUUUGGACGAUUUCUACUUCUUCAAUAAAGACCAUCAAAAACAUUUAUUCACCAAUUUGUUUUGUCGGCACGAUGACGAAUACGCACGAUAUAGAUAUCAUAGAUCCGACGGGGGACUUCGACAUGGGGAAGGCUUCGCCGGAGAGGCUGGACACAUCUGAGGAUGACAUGGACCCAAUGAUGGACGGACGACCAGAUGAGAAAAGGAAGGGGAUGGAUGCAAAGAAUAAAGACUAUUUGCAGUACAUGCAUGACAUGGGCCGGGUUCCUGAAGACCCCUCAGUCCGUAGAUAUCGCACCGCGUUCACACGAGAACAGAUCGGGAGGCUGGAGAAAGAGUUCUACAGGGAAAACUACGUCUCCAGGCCAAGAAGAUGCGAAUUGGCGGCUUCGCUUAACCUACCGGAAAGCACAAUCAAGGUUUGGUUCCAAAAUCGCCGAAUGAAGGACAAGCGGCAAAGAAUGGCAAUGGCCUGGCCCUACGGUCUUGCCGCCGCAGAUCCCAACUUGUACGCCUAUCUGAUGAACGCCGCAGCGGCUGCAGGUUACCCUUACCCGCUGCAAGCGGCCGCAGCUGCCAGUGCCUCGCCAUUCAGUUACUACGCUAGUCUAGGACUCCAGAGAGCCGCCGCCUCGUACAGCCCCUACAGCUUCCCUAGUCCAAUCAGACCACGUGCGGAUUUACUGCAAGGAGCCAACCCACUGCUGCGACCUCCUGUUGCACCGGAAGGAGCAGCACCUAUAAUUCCAAGCGCCUCAACGCCAUGUAAUUUACACACACGUGACAUUUUACCGCAUAGUCCUUCUCUACUUCCGCCGCAUUCUUCCGCAGUCACCUGCCCUACUACGUCAGAGGAAGGCUGCAAUUGCCAUAUGUAUUUACCGCCAGGACUCCCAUCAAUACCAACAACAAUACCUACGUCAUUAACUACAUCACUUCCGGCACCCAUUCCCGUGACGACAGCGCCACCAUCGGCUCCAACGACGACUACAGCACCUAGACUAUUUCAACCUUACAAAACUGACUCUGAUAGAUCAUAAUAAUUAUCAACAUAAGACAAUUUUCAAAGACUGUGGAAAGUAUUCAUGUGCUGUAUAGUUAACUUUGUGAGACUUGCUUACGAUUAUUAAGACGCACAUUAUCAUGGCAAUGAUGCUUUAAGUUGCAUUACCGAACAAUGAUGGCUAGAGAACGUGUGACUUGCCAAUGUAUUCAACUGCAAGUGGCAUUCUUUACGUAAGGCAAAAUCCAAACGCAACUGCGCAGGAGUGCAUUCGCCAAAGCCGGACUUUCUUUCGAUGUGUUGGCUGUAAAUACUCGUGGUAAUUGUCAUGAAGUGAUUUUGGUAAACUUGAAUACCAAGCACAUGGUCGUCUCUUCUUCAUAUAGGAUACGCUGAACAAUCUAUAGACGGGUACACGUCAAUUUUUGAUACAUCCAUUUCAUCGAGAAGUGUUAAUACUAUCAUGAUAUUGUAUUCCAUGACACUUUGGGUUGGCCGCUUAUGGUUAUUCCAUGGCUCAGUGUAUACGGUUUAU